AUGAAGCUCAAUCUUCUGAUUUUCUGCCUGAUAUCAGGCUUGACUCCGAUCUUCGGCGCUCCGGAAAUGGAGAAAAAGGCUGCUGCCAAUUCCCUAGAUACUUCCCCCGCCGCCAAGAGUAAUGGUGAUGUCCUAGCAGAUGGUAUGACUAAUUUUUUGUCUCUAAACUUCCCACCAUGUCUGGUUUCAAUAUUUGUGGAAAUCCCAGAGCUGAUGGAAACCUCUCCUCUUUCGGAAAUUGGUAGCUUGCUAUUACUGCGCAGGGGUAUGCAGCGGCUAUUACUGCUGCGACCCACGCCCCAACUGCUUCUAUGCUUCAGGCGGUUGUUGGUGUUCCGCCUAAUCGGGAAGCUCUCUCGAUGGCCACUGAGGCGCACCAGCACCACAGUCUGGAAAGGAUUCUGCGGCUUGUAA